CCCAGGCUUGGAUAUGGGCCCGUCAGAAUCUCCCUAAUUAAAUCCUUGUAUUAUCUAUUUUUAAGAAACAAAAUCUAGAAUUAGAUAGGAAAGUGCUUCCAAUUAUUACCACAACUUAAAAAUAGAAAAAUUGAAUAACAAAAAAGAUAGAGAGAGAAAGAGAGGGUUUGGUAAAGACACCAACAUCAUGAUGAUUAUCUGGGCUUGAACAAGAAAGUUGAUAUAAUCUGAAAUUAAAUUCACAAUUGAAAUAAAAAUGUGGCAAAAAAAGAGAAAGGAAAUUAAAAAAUUGAUAUAAUUAGUUGAAUUUGAUUGGAAGAAGAAAAAAAUGGGGGUGGUGGAAGAUGUAACAUUGAUUGGAGGGUUGAUAGGAGUUCAAUUUAUCUAUGCAGGAAAUGCUGAGUUGAUGAGUUAUUCAAUGUCAUUAGGAAUUAGCCCUCUCACCAUUGUUGUUUUCACUUCCAUUGCUACAUUUCUCAUUCUUUUUCCUGCUGCAUUUUGUUUUGAAAGGAGUAAGUGGCCCAAGCAUUUCAGUUUAAGGUUUAUGAUGCAGAUAUGGUUUCUUUCCUUUGGAGGAUUAGCUUUCCAAACUUUAUUCUUGAAGGGAAUCAAUCUAACUUCGCCAGCAAUGGGAACUGCUAUGCCAAACCUUGCACCGGCUCUUAUUUUCAUCAUCGCAUGGACUUUUGGGUUAGAGAAAGUUAACUUAAGCAAAAAGUAUAGUAAAUUAAAAAUCUUAGGAACAUUGCUAUGUGUGUUGGGAGCUCUUACAAUGAGCAUAAUGCAAAGCAUUUAUGCUCCUCCUGCAACCGCAAAAGAGACUACAAUUCUUCAAUCAUCAUCUACACCACCAAAUCUUCUCUUUGACAUGAAAAAGAUAACUGGUUGCUUCUAUCUAAUGAUUUCAGUUUUAAUAUUGUCAAGCAGUGUUGUCCUACAGGCUUUUGCUCUUGGAGAUUUUCCAGCACCAAUGUCAUUGAGCGCGAUAACAUCGUUGUUUGGAGGAUUCAUGACUGCAGUUGUUCAAAAACUCCAAGGUGACGACCUUAAAUCUGGUUUGCAACUUGUGAGUUUUGGAGAUAUUAUAGGCUUUUCCAUUCUGGCUGGUGGAGUGAGUGGAAUAAGCCUAAGCUUCAAUGGAUGGGCACUUAAGAAGAGAGGACCAGUUUUCGUCUCCAUGUUUAGCCCAAUUGGAACAGUAUGCUCAGUUAUUUUCUCAGUCUUUACUGUUGGAGACACUGUUAAUAUUGGAAGCAUUGGUGGCAUGUUCCUUAUGUUCAGUGGACUUUACAUGGUUCUUUGGGCCAAAGGGAAAGAAGGAUAUGCAGAUCGUGGUGAAGAUUUCUUAGAGAGUGAGUUUGAUGCAAACAAGCCUCUCUUAAGUUAAUGUGUUUUUCAAAUGUAAUCAUCAUGUCAUGAAUAAAAAAGUAACAAGUUUAAAAAGAAUGAAUGGUGUGCAUUCUAGUAGCACUAACACGGUUACAAAUACUGAUACAUCUUAAAAACUGAACACACUUUCAAUCUGAAGUGUCUAUGCUAUAGAGAUCUCGACAAUAUAAUUUAGAAUGUAACGGUGU